GUGUCUGUGUAGACCUUUCUGUAGAUCAGAAAAGCAGAUUAUAUCCGAGAAAGAAACACCCUCGUCGCAAUCAUGGGCGUUGAUCUGACCGGUAUCUCGAAGAAGAGCCGUGUGAUUCGUCACCACACGUACUCGUCGAACCCCUACAUCAAGCUUCUGAUCAAGCUGUACAAGUUCCUCGCGAAGCGCACGAACUCGGGAUUCAACAAGGUCGUGUACCAGCGCCUGAUCAAGAGCCGCAGCAACCGCGCUCCCAUCUCGCUGAGCCGCAUCGCCGUCGUCAUGAAGCGCAAGGCCGUCUUCACGGAGAAGAGCAAGAAGGCCCCGAUCGCUGUGGUGGUCGGUGACGUGCUGGAUGAUGUGCGCAUGGCCCGCAUCCCGGCCCUGCGCGUGUGCGCGCUGCGCUUCUCCAAGGCUGCUCGCCAGAGCAUCGUGGCCGCCGGCGGCGAGUGCCUGACUUUCGAUCAGCUCGCCAUGAUCGCCCCGACGGGCAAGAACACCUACCUGAUGCGCGGACGCAAGUCGGGCCGCGAGUCCGUCAAGCACUUCGGUGCGUCGGGUGUGCCCGGCUGCCACGCCAAGCCGCACGCGACCAACCGCGGCAAGGAGACGAAGCGCGGUCGCCGUCCGGGUCACUCGUACAAGCGCAAGGCCUUCCGCCACGUCUAA